UUAAGCUAACGGCAAGCUAACUCCCGCAUUAUUUUACAAACCUUUUCGCAGUUUGUGCUUAAGAUGCUAAAAAAUAUAUAUAUAUUCUCCAAUUUGUAUUAUUUUUGUUUAAGAAAGUAAAGAAAAGAAAAAAAUCGAUUAUAACCAGAAAUUAAAUUUGGAGUUAAUUUUUUUUUUUACUUUUUGUUAGCUGUCGUCAAACUUUUUUAAAAUUUAAAAGACUUCUGGAUGGAACUCUGAGUUUCGGGGUUAGAAGUUCCUACCUGAACCUGAAAGCACCACGAGCUGUCCUUCAGGUAGGCAGGCAGGAACACAGGGAGGCGGUAAAAAAAAAAAAAAAAAAAAUCCUCUCGUGCCGGCUCAAGUUGACGUCCGACGCUGAGGCUCCGCCCCCUUAGUGGGCGGGAACCACCUCGUCAUUCUUCUGAUUUGCUCGAGACUCUUUUUCUCCUGGCUCUGUCACUCUUUUCGUGCGUCGUUCGCUUAAGCCUGCCGUAAAGAGUCCGUCUUCCGAACCGGAUAACGCUUUUUUACUCGAAGUUUCCCUCCGAAGUGUUCCGGUUGAGGAUUCGAGACGAACCGCGGAUUACAGAAAGGAGAUAAAGGAGAGAAACCUGGAGGAAGUAAAGGGAGUUCAAACGUCGAAGUAACCAUGGAGGUUCCUGGUAUGCAGAGUUCUCAUAUUGAUCCAGAAGAACUUUUCACUAAGUUGGAUCGAAUUGGAAAAGGAUCAUUUGGAGAGGUGUUCAAAGGCAUCGAUAACCGCAGCCAGAGCGUGGUCGCCAUCAAGACGAUUGACCUGGAGGAGGCGGAGGAUGAGAUCGAGGACAUCCAGCAGGAGAUCACGGUGCUCAGUCAGUGCGACAGUCCGUACAUCACCAAGUACUUCGGCUCCUACCUGAAGGGCAGCAAACUAUGGAUCAUCAUGGAGUAUCUGGGUGGAGGUUCGGCGCUGGACUUGCUGCGGGCGGGGCCCUUCGACGAGUCUCAGAUCGCCACCAUGCUGAAGGAGAUCCUGAAGGGUCUGGACUACCUGCACUCGGAGAAGAAGAUCCACCGAGACAUCAAAGCUGCAAACGUCCUGCUGUCCGAACACGGUCAGGUGAAGCUGGCCGACUUCGGCGUGGCGGGUCAGCUGACCGACACGCAGAUCAAGAGGGAAACCUUCGUGGGAACGCCGUUCUGGAUGGCGCCUGAGGUCAUCCAGCAGUCGGCCUACGACUCAAAGGCGGACAUCUGGUCUCUGGGCAUCACCGCCAUCGAGCUCGCCAAAGGGGAACCGCCAAACUCAGACAUGCACCCCAUGCGCGUCCUCUUCCACAUCCCCAAGUCUCCUCCUCCGACGCUGAGCGGAGACUUCUCCAAGAGCUUCAAGGAGUUCACGGAGGCGUGCCUGAACAAAGACCCCGCCUUCCGGCCGACCGCCAAAGAGCUGCUCAAGCACAAGUUCAUCACCAAGAACUGUAAAAAGACGUCUUACCUGAGCGAGCUGAUCGACAGGUACAGGAGGUGGAAGGAGGAGGGGCACAGCGGCAGCAGCUCCGACGACUCGGACAGUGAGUCCAGCAAUAAAGAAAACGACGUGCAUCCCGAGUGGUCCUUCACCACCGUCCGGAAGAAGACGACGGAAGGCAGGAAGGUCCUCAACGGGACGACUCCAGAGCAGCUGAGUAAAUCCGCCAGCCUCAGCACGGUCAUCUCCCCGGUCUUUACGGAGUUGAAGCAGCAACACAAGGAACAUUCUAUGCAGCGACUGGCCAUCGAGCAGCUGGAGCACAACAUUCAGCUGGCUGAAGACGUCUGUCCGGGCAUCACAGACAAGAUGGUGACGCAUAUCAUCGCCCGGUGCCAGAAAUUCACGACAAACUGAAGACCAGACGAACCAAAAAGAUAAUAAGAGUCUUCAUACCGUCACCCCGCUGGAAAACAGAGGAGAUUUGCUGUGCAAUGAAUCCUCUCAACACUCUUGUAUAAUAUUCAGCACACACUAAUAAAGUAAUAUGUACACUAUGUUUCCUCACUGCUGCUGGAGGAGGAAACCUUUCUGUCUUUAAGUUGAAUCCAAAUCAGUCAGAAAUCAUUUUAAAAACAUUAUGUGCCUUAACUUCUCCAUCUUUUUUUCAUAGAUUUUUACAGAAAGGUUUCUUUCUCCUGCGGCGGUCGCCUUUAGUUUGGUGUCAUGACUCGCCCGAGUCCGUCUGUCUGUUCAGCAGCACUUGAAAUACCUUCAAUCUUAUAGUUGUGUCGUUUUUGUUCUUACGUUUUAAAACUUCCAGGUCAGGAUGACCCUUCGGAGUCCAACAUGGGGUUAAACUUUAUCGCGACAGAAGAGAUUCCUCAGUGUUAGCUAAAGAUUAGCGUAGCAUAUGUCUGAAACACUCAAAGGAAAGCAUGGGAUUUGUUUUGAGUGGGGAAUUGGUGAACCUGUUUAGAAAUGUUCCAAAGUGAAUCCAGACCAAACUUUUGUGUCACUUGGCUAACUUAACCGGGCUGGUAGAAGGGUUACUAGCUUGCCAACCAACAGGCUAGCUAGAGAACUUUUGAGUCAACUAGCUUAACCGGACUAUGCUAGGAGUUACUAUCUUGCCAACCAACAGGCUAGCUAGAGAACGUUUGAGUCAGCUAGCUUAACCGGACUAUGCUAGAAGUUACUAGUUUGCUAACCAACUGGCUAGCUAAUCAGGACUAGUUUAGGAGUUACUAGUUUGUUAGCCAUCUGGUUAGCUAGGGAACUUUUGAGUCAGCUAGCUUAAAUUAGACUACUCUCGGAGUUGCUAGUUCGUUAGCCAGCUGGCUAGCUAGAAAACUUUUGAGUCAGUUAGCAGACCAGGACUGGUCCAAGAGUUACUAGCUCACUAACGAACAAGCUAGCUAGGAAACUGUUGAGUUGGCUAGCUUAACUGGACUAGUUGAUGCAUUACUAGCUUAAUGACUAACUUGCUAGCUAUGAAACCUUUUAGUCUAUUUUGAGUGUGCUAGCUUAAUCAAUCUAGUCUCUGUGUUACUAACUUGCUAUCCGUCAUGCUAGCAAGGAAUCUUAGCUAGCUUAGCUUAACCGAAGUAAGCUAGGAAUCACUAGCUUGCUAACCAAAAUCCUAGCGAGCAAUCUUAAAUCUGCUAGCUUAACCGGACUAGGCUAGGAGUCACUAUCUUGCUAACAAACAGCUUAGCUAGAAAACUUUUGUGUCAUUUUUGAGUCUGCUAGCUCAACCGGACUAGUCUUUGCAUUACUCACUUGCUAACCUACAUGCUAGCUAGAAAUCUUUUUGAACCUCUGCAGAAUUUGGCUAAAUUUCCAUCGAUUGUUCGGCUUUUCUUUUGGGCCGUGAAAUCGAGUUUUUGCAAAGUUUCCGUCGCUUUUCGGGUGCGUGUUCAAGUUUUUGUUUUUAUUGUGAUUAAAAGACCUGCAGGUCAUUAGAGGCCUUCAGGUUUUUUUGUUUUGUUUUAUUUUUAUUUUCUAAUCCAAUAACUAUGGGAACUUUUGCUGUUGGCCUUCAAAUGUCCAAAAGCUGAAUUCAAACCAAAUGAUUGUUUUAAAACGUACUGAAACGUAGCAAAAGCUGUUUUCAGGACAAAGGUGGGAGCUGUAAUUCAGUACAGUGCUGACAGUUUGUACCAAAGACACUAUAAGACUUGGUCAAUGUAUAUUUUUGUUUUUUAUAUAUGUUAUAAGGGAUACGAGAGUGGCUGUAAAAGGGGAGUUCGUCAAAUGAAAGAUGUACGAUUUUACAAUAACAUACUUUUUUGUAGCGGGACUUAGAGUUUUAUGAAUAAAUAUUUAUGUAUGAUUGUGA